UGAGAAUUGCAAUCCGCAUCAACAUUUUGGUCCCCAAGACGUCAUCCGCCCCAAUUUUCGUUCAUCGCCUGAUCACUUUAUUUUUCUUUCGUUCUUGCCUUUCCAUAUUACCAAUAAUUAAAUACACCUUUUUGUCUUCUAAACAAUAAGGCAGUUUUAGUAAAAUGUUAUUCCGAAGGAUCCUUUUUCUCGCUGCGCCUCGCCGCGCGCCGGCCUCGAUUUACUCGCAGUACCGCUCCUUGCAAAUUCAAAAAAACCCAUACCGACGCACCAACGACAGCCACAACGACCAAGACCAGCGGCAGCGGCAGUAUCAGUAUCAGCAGAUACCUCUCUGGCAAACGCGCAGAUUCUGGUACACGACCGGAGUGGCUGGCACUGGCGGCGCCAUCUACUACCAAGUGCACCUCGAGGACUCGCCCACUGGCCGCCGGCGCUUCAUCAACGUCACGAGCGACGACGAGCAGCAGGCGGGCUCGCAGGCCUAUCUCUCGAUCAUAUCUCAGUACCGGAACCAGCUGGAGCCGCGUGGCACCCCUACGGAUCUCUACGUGCGGAGGAUUGCGCAGCGCAUUAUCAAGGCCACCGGGAUGCAGGGGGACUGGGAGAUACACGUGAUUAGGUCGCCCGAAAAGAACGCAUUUGUGUUGCCCGGCGGCAAAAUAUUUGUCUUCAGCGGAAUUCUUUCAGUAGCAGCUAACGAAGACGGACUGGCUACUGUACUGUCCCACGAAAUAGCCCACCAGUAUGCACGCCACUCGGCUGAAAAGCUAUCGCAGGCCAGUUUACUGCAGUUCGUCUACUUGGUCGCCAGCCUGUUCGUUGAUCCCAGCGUUUUACAAAUUGGCCAGGCCAUGUCGGGCUUGCUCUUGGAAUUGCCCAACAGCAGGCAGUGCGAGCAGGAGGCUGACCAGUUGGGUCUGUAUUUCAUGGCGUCGGCCUGCUAUGACCCCAGGGAGGCCGUAGGUCUGUGGGAGAGGAUGAAGACUGCAGAGAGCGUGAGUCCGCCGCAGUUCCUCAACACGCAUCCGUCGACCGAUUCACGCAUUGAGUCUAUUAAAAAGUGGAUCCCGCAGGCCGAGACGAAGAGGGAGGCUGCCAAUUGUCCCAACCCUGAGGUUACUCGGUCGUUCUUUGCAAGAGCUUUGAAUUAAAAUGUAU